GGAGGGGCAGAGGAAGAGGGUCAAGGAGAGGGAGAAGGGAGCCUGACAUGGGGCUCAAUCCCAGGACUCUGGGAUCAUGACCUGAGCCGAAGUCAGACACUUCUGAGCCACCCAAGUGCCCUCAUAAUUUUAAAACAAAAAGCAAAUUCAAUUUUGACUAAAAAUACAUAGGGGGUCUCAAACAUCAAAAAGUACAAAAGAUAAGACUACUCGAUUUACUUUUUCUUGCUCCUCUCCUCUAAAUACACCGAAAAGAAUUCAGCAGACAAUUAUUAAAGGAAUCUGAAAGGUAGAAACGAGGACAGACUGGGUAAGGAGCUUAGGACUUGAGGAAGGGCAGUGCACAGUGAGUUGUGUGGGUUUUGUCAUGUAAUCUUCCAUAUACCCAGCUCUGGGCCCUGUGGAGUGCCUGCAACCUCAAAAUGCCAACAAGCAUAGAUACCCAAAGGAUGAAGGGGAAGAGAAGGAAAAAACGAAAAGCCUACUUUCCCCUUCCAAAAGACUAGAAAAGGUGAAGCUCUCUUACCCUACCAAUCUCCAACAACAGCAGUGGGCUUAGUCCUGCUGAGCAAUGCUCAGGAGGGCCUACCUGUUGCCUGUUCCACACUACAGUAUGACCUAUCCCUAGUCCCCCACCAGGUGACAGCACCAGUGACACCCACAGGCCUGGUGUCUUCUAGCCCUUCAUCCAGGAGCAGAAGGGGAACCUUCGGAGGUUUCCUCCUAAACUCUUCCCUCCAGCAGCAAAAGUCCGGGUAGUUGCUAACUUCUCCCUGCAGUACCUACAGAGAUUGAACAGGAAGUCAGCCAACACCAGGCAGCCAGAGAAUAGGCCAGGAGAAACUGCAUUCUAUGGGUCCAGCAUCACUCAGCUCCCAUCUAGUGAAACCACCUGACCUAGGGAAGUGCCUGGAAGUACCAGCAGGGAUUGAGUGAUAGUUGUAUGUAGCUAGAACACAGCAGGCCAGAAUUGCAUUGCAAGAGCUCUGGCAACGAAAUUGUCAUUGAAACUACACCUAGAACAUGCAUGCCCAAUUUAAACAGUGAUUACAUGCAAACAUACAAAAUUAAGAUUUUAAAGCAGCCAUUAUCAAAUUGCUUCAACAAGGAAUGAUAAAUUAUCUUGAAACAAAUGAAAAGCUAGAAAAUAUCAGCAAAGAAACAAGUUAUAAAAAAUUCCAAAAUGGAAAUUACAGAUAGGGAAUAUACAAUAAUUAAAUAAAAAACAUGUCAGAUGGGCUCAGUUAUUGCACUGGAAAUGUCAAGAGAUCAGAAUCAGUGAACUUGAACACAGAUCAAUAGAAUUUAUUCCAUCUGAACAGCAGAGAAAAUAGGCCGAAAAAAAUACUUUAGCUCCUCAGAGAUUUCAGGAACAGUAAUACAAGAUCUCACAUUCAGAUCAUUGGAAUCCCAAGAGAUGAGAAAGACCAUGAGACUGAACAGCUAUUGGAAGAAAUAAGGGCUGAAAUUUUCCCAAAUUUGUUAGAAGACUUAAAUCUACAGAUUCAUGAAACUGAAUGAACCUUAAGAGAAAAACCUAAAAAAAAAAAAAAGAGAGAGAGAGAGAAACCUAAGGAAGUCUACACCAAGGCAUAUAAUUAUACUCUGAGAACUAAAGACAAAAAAAACCCUGUAAAACAACCAGAGAAAAAUAACACAUUAGUUGUUGGGGAACAGCAGUUCAGAUGACAGCGUGAUUCUUAUCAGAAACUAUGAGGGCAGGAGGAAGUGGCACAACGUGUUUCAAGGACUAAAAGAAUAGUCAGGAGUGCCUGGGUGGCUCAGUCGGUUGAGUGUCUGCCUUUGGCUCAUGUCGUGAUCCAAGGGUCCUGUGAUUGAGCCCUGCAUCAGGCUCCCUGCUCGGCAGUAAGUCUGCUUCUCCCUCUCCCUUUGCCCCUACCCUUGCUCAUUCAUUUUCUCUCUCUCUCUCAAAUAAAUAAAAAUCUUAAAAAAGAAAAAAGGUAAGAACAAUCAACUGCAAGUUCUGUAUCUGGUAAAACUAUCCUUCAGGAAUAAAGGGAAAAAUAAUGACAUUCAUAAAAAAAAACUAAGAGGAUUUGUUGCUAGCAGAUAUACUCUUAGAGAAAGGCUUAAAGGAAGCUCUUCCAAAAGGUAAGAUACCAUUACAGGAGGAGGCUUGGAAUUUCAGAAAUGAAAGAACAAUGAGAACAAUGGAACGGAUAAAAAAUAGGGGUAAAUAUAAGUGGACUAUCCUCAUGAAUUUUAAAAAUCAUACCCUGAUGAUCGAAGCAAAAAUUACAGUACCAUCUGAUGUGGUGCUUGAUGUAUGAAAAGGAAAUACCUAAGACAUUCUGUGUAAAAAGUGGGGAGGAUAAAAUAUCCUAAAUGGAAGUAAGCAAAGCCAUAUAUUCAAAAGUAAAAAGUCAAAAUGGAAUUUUUAAAAAUGUUCAAGUAGCCCAUAGGGGAAGGCAAUAGAAACAGGGAACAAAUAAAAAAAACAGAGCCGCCCUCUGUGCCCUUCUUGCUGACCCCAUGCUCCAGUUCCUGCUUGGAUUUACUUUUGGCACCAUGGUUGGAAUGUAUCUGGCUCAGAACUGUGACAUAUCACACCUGGCUAAAGAACUUGGAGAAAUUAAAAAGGACUUGGAUGCCAAAAAGAAACCUCCUAGUCAUGAAAUGGGCUCUCAAACUACCUUCUGGAUAUUCUGAUUCUUCUGUUCUUGAGGGCCUCUUUACCAUCUGAACCACAGGUUUUUGUUUUAAAUUCCAGCCUCAGUGAUUUUCCUCUCUGUUGAAUCCUGCAUGCCCUGGGAGCACAAAUGGGGCCAUGAGUUAAGAACUGUGCUUUUCCAGCAUUCUCACCUCUUCCUUUCCUCUUUCCAGCCACUUGAGAUGGCCUAAGAUGGAUUUACGAUGCUAGAUUAGUAAAUGUGACCUUUAAUUAAUAAUGUCUCCUUCAUUCUUUGGGAUUUCUACCACCUUUUUUUUUAAAAGAAAAAUGGAUGAGUUUUAUGUAGCUGGUCAGAUUUAAACAAUGCCGAUUACAUGGUAUAGCAAUUAUAAUGGAUGCUUAAACAUUUGGUAUUAAUGUUGUUUCCAAGUAAUUAAAAUUGAAGUCCAGAGGGGAAAAAAAAACAAGUAAUAAAAUGGCAGUAUAAGCCCUAGCCUAUCAGUAAUAAAUUUAAAUGCAAGUAGUCUAAAUAUUACAACUAAAAGGCAGAGAUUGAAAGAAUAGUUUGUUUAAAAAUUACUGAAGUACACGCUGUCUACAAGAAAUGCAUAUCAAUUAUAAUGACCAUAGAUACACGGUUGAAAGUAAAAGAUGGAAAAAGAUACAUCAUGUUAACAUUAAAUUUUUUAAGUGGCUAUAUUAAUAUCAGACAAAGUGAACUUUAGAGCAAAGAAUAAAGAAUCAGUUCAUCAGAAGACGGAGCAAUUCUAAAUGUAUAUGCACCAAAAAGCAGAGCUUCAAAAUGUAUAUGAUACAAAAAAUGAUGGAGCUGAUCGGAAAAAUAGAUAAAUCCAUAGUUAUGGUUCUAUAGACUGGACUUCUAUAUCCCAGUCUAAGCAAUUGAUAUAACUCUUGGACAGAAUAUUAGCAAAGACAAAGAAUAACUUAACAAUACCAUCACACAACAAGAUCCAGUUGACAUUUACAGAAAUUCCACCCAACAACAAAAAAAUUGAAUAUAUAUUCUUUUCAAGCACCCAAGGAAUAUUUGCCAAGAUGGACCCUAGGUCAUAAAACGAACUUCAAUAUAUCUAAAAGAUUAAAAUCAUACAGAAUAUGUUGUAUGGCCAUAAUGGGAGUGUAAAGAUUGGUGUAUGGCCAUAAUGGAAUCAGAUUAAAAACCAAUAAUUAGACCACAGGAAAAUCUUUAAUCAUUUGGAAAUUAAAAGUACACUUCUUAAUAAUCCAUGGAUCAAGGAGGAAGUUAUCACAGGGAAAUUUUAAAAUAAAAUAAGGGCAUUUGGGUGGCUCAGUUGGUUAAGUGUCUGCCUUCAGCUCAGAUCAUGAUCCCAGGGUCCUGGGAUAAAGCUCCGCAUUGGGCUCUCUGUUCCUUCUCACCACUCAUGUUCUCUCUCUGAAAUAAAUAAAGAUAAAAUCUUUUUUUUUUUUUUAAGAUUUUAUUUAUUCAUGGGAGACACAGAGAGGCAGAAACAUGGGCAGAGGGAGAAGCAAGCUCCUCACAGGGGGCUUGAUGAAGGACUCUAUGUGGGACUCAAUCCCCGGAUCACGACCUGAGCCAAAGGCAGAUGCUCAACCACUGAGCCAUCCAGGCACCUCAAAAGAUAAAAUCUUUUUUAAAAAUUACCAAUAUGGUUGGUAAACCUAGAACAAAAUUGCCAAAGAUAAAAAUAAUCCACAAACUACUAACAACAGGAAUAGGGGAUAUCACUAUGGCCAUUAAAAACAUAGAAAUGAAUAGCAGCAGAAUCUUUACACCACCAGAUUUUAAAAUUUAGCAGAAAUUACUUGGAAACCACAAAUUACAUAACUCACCCAAGAUGAAAGAGAUAACCUGAGUAACCAUUAAUGAAAUUAGAUUUUUUAAUUAAAAAGUUCCUGAGGGAUUCACUGUGGGGGAUCACCUUAUAUUUAAAGAAUAAUUAACACCAGUUUUACACAUUCUCUUCCAGAAAAUGUUAGAGGAGGGAAUACUUCUCAUUCAUUUUAUGAAGUGUGUAUUUGUCUGAUACCAAAACAGGACAAAGACAGUACAAAACAAACACAGGACCAGUAUCUCUCAUGACUUAGAUGUAAAAUAUUAACAUCACUUCGAGCAACAUAAUAAAAAUAACUAUACACAACAGCCCAAUGGAAUUUAUCCCAGAUAGACAUGGCUGGCUUAGUAAUCAAAAAACCAAAUCCACAUAAUCCAUAUCAACAAUCUAAAAAAAAUUCAUAAGCACAGAAAUGCUCUCAACAAAACCCUACACCCAUUUAUGAUAAAACACUCAUCAAAGGUUAGAAAAACUUUUCUCAACUUGAUCAACUUAAUCUACAAAAAAGCCUACUGUAAUAUCACAUUUAAUAGUGAAAUACCAAGUGCUUUCCCCCAUAGACUGGGAAGAAGGCAAGGGUGCCUUUUCCUACCACAGCUACUUAAUAGUUAUUCUGGGAGUUCUGAUUAGCACAACAAAGUAAAAAGAAAUAAAAGAGCAUAUAGAUUAGAAAGGAAGAAGGAAAUCUGGCUCUUUUUGCAGAUGCCAUGAUUGUAUCGAAAAUUCCAAGGAAUCUACCUAAAAAAUCUCCUAGAACCAAUAAGUAAUUUCAGCAAGGUCACAGGAUGGAAUUAACUACAUUUCCAUAUACUAACAGUGACACCAUUUUCAUAAAAAUCCUGUGCAUCAAUGUUUAUAGCCUCAGUAGGUGAAUAGUAAAACUGUGCUAGAGCCAGAUUGGGGAAUAUGGUCAGCAAUGAAAGGAAACUAAUUGCUGAUCCAUGCAACAACACUGAUGCAUCUCAGAAGCAUUAUGCUGGGUGAAAGAAGCCGAACACAGAAGGGAACAUACUGUAUGAUUCCAUUUAUGUAAUAUUCUUGAGAUAAUGUUCUAGAGAUGGAGAGCAGAUUAGUGGUUGCCAGAGAUUUUAGGAUUAGAAAAGGGAGGGGGAGGUGGCUCUAAAAGGGUGACACGAGGGAGCCCGGUGGUAAUGGCACACUUCUCUGCCCUGAUUGUUAGUAGUGGUUACGUAAAAUUACACGUGCUAAAAUUGUAUGGCACUGUGUAUCUGCGCACGUGUACACACACACACUCUCACACAGGUGAGUGCAUGGAGAACUGGAAACAUCUGAGUAAGCUCUGUGGCUUGCACUGAAAUCAGUGUCCUGGUUUUGAUAGUGUGCUGUGCUUAGGCAGGAGGUAGUGUCAGGGGAGGCUAGGUGCAGUGUACACAGAACCUACCUCCCUGUACACUUCUUUGCAACUUCUAGUGACUCUAAUUUCUUCAGAUCAGUGUUUUAAAAUGUUUAAAAUAAAGCCUCCCAUCCACUUAGGUCUGUGCCCCACUACUCUGCAAAUUAAGUUCCUUCCAAAGGCCUUGUCAAAAUGCACGCACAAGUGUAUUUUCAUUAGAAAUGUAUUUUGCCCCCAUCCCUUCUCUAGACAAACGGAUUUCAUGGUAUCUUACUUUCCUGUGCCUUCCUUUUAUUCUUCACUUAAUAGAGAUUGUUCCACGUUAGUCAUGCUUCAUUUUUUCAGAUGCAGAAAUUACACUGUCGUUUCUUCCAUGAUGCUUUAAUCUUGUUUCUAUUAACAGACUUCCAGGGUGUUUUCGUUCUGUGCUGUUAGAUACAAUGCUCUGAUGAAGACCUUCACAUUUGCUGUUUUGCUGCUGUGUGAAUAUACUUCUAAAACAAAUUUCUGGAAAUUGGAUAUCUGGAUUAGAAUUUAUCUACACUUCACUAUCUAAUCUUCAGAGCCACCGCAAGAUUGCCCUGCAUGAGAAUUGUACCAGUCCAUGCUUACCAACAGCAAAUAUCCUUAUUUAUUCCCAGAGCCUGUUUUAACUUCUGACAAUAUGUUAGGUUAAAAAUGGCAUCUCAUUGUGGUUUUAAUUUUCAUUUCUCUGAAACAUUGGCCAUCUUUUAUUAUUUCCAAUUUGUAUUUUGAUUUAUACUUCUUUUUCUGUAGCCUGUGUUCAUACUCAUUGGGCCAUUAUUCUAGUGGGUUGUUGGCUUUUAUAGGAGUUAUCGAUUUAUAGGAGUAAUUCAUAUAAUAAGCUCUUUGUCUUUGAUGUGAUGUUGAAUAGUUUUUCUCCUGUUUAUUGUCUGCCUUCUGACUUUUCUUAUCAUUUUCCUUUUUUUAGGCUAUGUUGAAAUUUUUUUCUUUUUAAAAUUUUUCCUUAGUCAAACUGAUUUUCUGUGGCUUCUGGAUUUUAUGCCAUAUAGAAAGGUCUUUCCCACAGCCAGAUUAUAAAUUGCACGGUAUUUCAAUGCAUUCAGGUGUAGCCCUAUUGAGAUCUGGAGUUACGUCCCCACAGUGGUGCAGCUGGGCAUAGCCUUAGGGUCUGAUUUCAUGGGUCUCCUCAGCCCUGUUGGAAAUCUGGGUCACCGCAAGAACCAGAUCAAGUUAAUCUCGCAUCCUCCAUAAAGUGGUGCUUUACAGGGAAAGGAAGUAAGGGGAGGACAUUGGAUGAUCUCUGGCUCUUAGCCCAUCUUUCAGCAACCUUUAUUCUAAGAGAUAAACUCCAGUAGAAGAGGUUUUUGUCGCCUCUGUGCUCGGGGAGUUAGUGGUUGGGUGACAGAACCCCUUUGUUAGUCUCCAGGGAAGGGAAACCAAACUUUAAGGGCUGUCUCCUUCCAUUGGUCAUUUGUGCCAAUCCCACUUAGGUUGCUUCUCCACGGGGACAGGCUGCCUGACUCUCUGGAAUCUAAAACGGUCUUGUCACAGUGAGAGGGACUUGGGAGUGUUGUCUACAUUACAGAGCACAGCCCUGUGGAUUUUCUUCAGAAUGGAGUGCUAGUAGUCACUGGUCUGUCUCUCCUAAGACUUGAAUUUUCGAAAUAAGUACAAAAAACAUUUGCUUAGCAUAACUUUACCCUC